AUGGGUUUUAUGACUCUGCUCUGUCUGCUGUCGCUGCGGCCUGGCUUCGCCGCUCUAAUGAGUUCUCCAUUGGAAGAGCUUUUUCAUCACUCCUCCAGUCAAAGAGACAUAGUUUCCUUUCCUGGUUCUUCUGUUGACACCUCAGUGAGUGGGCGGCUGCGUCGAUCGGCUCUGAUGCCUGAUAUCACACAUCUGGAACUGCUAGUGGUGGUAGGGCCUGAUGUGCAUCAGGUCCACAAACAGGAUACAGAACGAUACAUCCUCACCAACCUCAACAUUGCCUCAGAGCUGUUGAGAGACAUGACCAUGGGCGCCAACAUGAGGGUGCACCUGGUCCGCAUGAUCAUCCUGUCAGAGCCAGAGCCAGAGAUCCAAAUGUCUGCGAACAUUACCUCUUCUCUCAGAAGUGUGUGCGACUGGGGCAGAAGGAUAAACCCCUCAAACGAUACAGACCCACUACACGCUGAUCUUCUGUUGUACAUUACAAGGUACGACCUGAUGUUGCCUGAUGGGAACAAGCAGGUCAGGGGUGUAGCACAGCUGGGUGGGGCUUGCUCCAGUGAAUGGAGCUGUGUGAUCACGGAGGAUACAGGCUUUGACCUGGGGAUCACCAUUACUCAUGAAAUUGGCCACAGUUUUGGAAUCAACCAUGACGGAGUGGGAAACACCUGCAGCAGGAGUGGGUUCAUUAUGGCCUCUGAUGGAGGCUACAAUAGUGUUGAUCUCACCUGGUCCCCGUGCAGCAGACAGCAGCUGCUCACAUUCUUCAGUGAAGGGAAAGCUGAAUGUGUAAAAGAUCUGCCUGCAUUGGGAGGCUCCCUGCAAGACUGGAAGCCUGGUCUAUAUUAUGGAGUUGAUGACCAGUGCCGUAUAGCUUUUGGUAGCACUGCAAGGGCCUGCUCUUUCACCAAUCCUGACAUGCCAGCUUGUCGUGCUCUGUCCUGUCACAUUAACCCUGAUGAUGACAGCUCCUGCAAACGUCUCCUGGUUCCACUGCUGGACGGGACAGAGUGUGCACCUAAUCAGUGGUGUUUGAAGGGGCGCUGUGUGUCCUCAGAUGAGCUCAGCUCCUCUAUGGUGGUGCACGGCUCCUGGUCCAGCUGGUCAGAGUUCUCCCCCUGUUCACGGACUUGUGGUGGGGGGGUCAGUCAUCGCACACGGAAAUGCAGUAACCCAAGACCUGCUUUUGGAGGGAGUGAUUGUGAGGGACCAGAUAUAGAGGCUGAACUUUGUCACCAGUGGCCAUGUAAGCGCACCCAGAUGGAUUUCAUGGCAGAGCAGUGUUCCCAAACAGACCUCCACCCCCUCUACCUGCUACCAGACACUGCCUCCUUCUACACCUGGGUCCCUGCUGUAGGGUUUGCACAAGGGGAUGAGCAGUGUAGGUUUAUGUGCCAGUCCGAUGGAGAAAACUUCAUUGUGAGCCGUGGCUCUCAAUUUGUGGACGGGACUCGCUGUGAGUCGGACAGCCCUCCUCCAUUUGGCUCCACAGCUGCUUGUUUAAGAGGAAAAUGCCAGCUGUUUGGCUGUGAUGGUGUGCUACACUCUGGGAAAAUAAGGGAUGUGUGUGGUGUGUGCGGUGGAGAUGGAUCGUCCUGCAGCUUGACCUUUGACUCCUACACUGGUGGUCAGGCCAGAGAGUACACCACCUUCCUGUCUCUGCCAGUGAAUGCCACACAGGUCCAUAUUGUCAACAGGGCACCUGUCUUCACUCACAUGGCUGUAAUGAUUGGGGAUCAGUACAUUGUGUCUGGAAUGGGCAGCAUGGCACUGAAAAUGACCCAUCCCUCCCCGUUGGAUGAUAACCGCCUAGAGUACGGCCUUCGUCUGACUCCUGACCUUUUGCCUGAGAUGGAAGAGCUGCGGCUGCCUGGACCUCUGCAAGAGGAGAUAAAAAUACAGGUUUAUCGCAAAUAUGGAAAAGAAUAUGGAGAGAAAACAAAUCCAAACAUUAGCUACCAGUUCUAUGUACCUACCAUAAACAGUGACUUGACAGAUAUCACACCUAAAGGCAAAUGGGUUGUCUUCACAACACCCUGCUCUGUCUCUUGUGGAUCAGGUGUACAGAAGCAUGUACAUGUCUGUGUAGAUGAAGAUACCAACAACCAUUUGGAGGAACACAAUUGUGAAACACCUCCUCCACCCAUACUACUCCACACAACCUGUCUGCCCUCCCCCUGUCCCCCCAGGUGGGAUACAGGAAAGUUUGGGCCUUGUAGUACCUCCUGUGGUGGAGGAGAGAGAGUGCGCCCUGUAAGAUGUGUUCGGAAACAUGCAGCCGACGUAGUAGAAGUUCCUGAAUCUGAAUGCCCACCUACAACUCCAAAUACUGUUGAAAAAUGUAACCUGCAACACUGUCCUGCCAGAUGGCGUGUGUCAGAUCCAGGGGAAUGUUCAGCAGUGUGCGGGCCAGGAGAAGCGAAACGUGUUGUGUCAUGUGUUCGGCCAGAAGAUGGUCAGGAGGUUGAAGUGGAGGAAAGCUUUUGUUCAAAGCAGAUCAAACCACCUGAUUCUGUGCCCUGUGUGGUAGAUGUUUGUCCAAUUGGAUGGGAGUCUAAGGGAGAGGAACUGCCCAUGCUAAAGUCUGGUUUAUUGCCACACUCUAGACAGGCUCCUGUGUAUGUCUGGAGUCCUGUUAUCAGCCAGUGCUCAAAGAGCUGUGGCAAUGGAACCCUGCAGGUUUGGUUUUCCUGUGUGGACCACCAGACCAGACUGGGGGUGUCCAACUUCCGCUGUGAUGCUUCUACCCAACCUCAUCCUCAGUCUGAGACUUGCAACACAUCUCCCUGCCCCCCUAUGUGGCGCUCUAAGCAAGGAGUCUGCAGUGUAACAUGUGGAGGAGGAGUGGCCAGCAGAGUGUUGUACUGCGCUGGAGAGACAGAGGGGGAGGAGGAUGUGGUGGAGGAUUCAAUGUGCAGUGACUUUCCCAAACCCACAGCAGUGGUUUCAUGUAACACCCACAACUGCCCAGCAAGGUGGAAGGUAUUCAGGACAUCACCCUGCUCUGUGUCCUGUGAUUUGGGUGUAGCUCAGAGGACUGUCUCUUGUGUCCAGUUCAUCCACGGCAAGGAGAAUGUGGUUCCGGAGGUAAACUGCCAUGCAGCUGUCAAACCGGCCACCACAGUGCCCUGCCUGGUGCAGGUCUGCACCUUCAGAUGGGAGGUGAAACCAUGGAGCCAGUGUUCCGUACCCUGUGGAUACGGGAUCCAGUCUAGAGCUGUGUCCUGCAUGGGUCCCUCUAAGCCAGAGCCCCUCAGCCCUCUGCUUUGUAUGCACAUGCCCAAGCCCAUCACCAUCCAGGGCUGCAACAUGGGCAGCUGCAGAGACAUGCUGGCCACCUUAGAUGUCACCACUGCAGUGCAUACUGAAAUUAAAGCUAACCUCACAGAGGAGGGACUUCUCCUUUCUCCCACCCUGAGCCACAAAGAUACAACACCAACCCAGACGGGCCAUCUGCCUCCAAGUCCAACAGAGGCAAUCACCAUCCCACAGACCACUACGACAACCACCCCUACCCCUACGCCCAGUCCAUGUGGACGGCUACUCCUGGAAGAAUCAGGCAUGGUGGACUUGAAAGACAUAACCAGCCGUUGCACCGUAUCCAUAGGUCGACCCCUAGAUGAGGUCAUUCAUGUUAAAGUAGAAUCUGGCUCUUUGAACUGCAGAAAAAGGGAGUAUAUAGCAUUUUUUGACCGACUGGCAUUUGUGAGGAAGUGCGAGCAGGUGGCAGGUAGUGAACUGACCACCAGAACCAACGUCCUGCUGGUGCGUCAAAAUCUGCUCAUCCCUGGGAACGGGGUUUUGUUCACCUACAAGUCACAGAAAAACAUGAAGAAGAGCCACCAUCAGGAUUGUGACAUUCAGCUGUUUUCCCCAAGUGGUGUCUUUGAGAAUCCAACAACGUCCAACACUAACCACACCUGUCGAGUCCUCAUCAAUGCCCCUCCCUCGGUGAAGAUCAAAAUCCAAGCGCUAUACAUAGGAUUAGCAUUCAACUCCACAAACUCCCAGUCUACAUACAUUAUGAUCCGGGACAUGGAUGUCUUAAAGACCAAUGUGUUUAAAGGCCGACAGCUGUUUCUGUGGCACUCCUCUGGAAAUAUGGCUGAGAUUGAAUUUCAUGGAGACUACCUGCAUUCCAAAGGGAGCUUCAGAGCUGAAUAUUACUUUGUGGUUUGAAAUGUAUGUUUAACAUUUCUUUAGUUUAAAACAAUUAUGUUUGUUGAAUAGAAAGGCUUAAGCAGACUUCAGCAAGAUCCUUUCUUUUGUGUUCAUUCCUAUGUGCCAAUUAUUUUGACCUGAAAUAAAUACUAUA